GGCUAGUUACCGUAUUAUUCUUUCACUCUCGACCGGCAUCCAAUUACAUACAUUCCCUUACAAGGAAUUUCGUCGUGAGACCUGAGCCUCAAUAUUUCACCGGCCUUUUUUCCUCACAACUCCACGACAUAUUAGGCCUGUCGUCCCAUACCGUUCAAGUGAAAGGCAGUGGUUAUGGAACCAGGGUCGGUGAAGCGACUGCAGGAGGCCAACGGGCAGCCAACUGAGACGCCCAAUUCGCCAACGAACAAUGAGCCGGCCUCUAAGAGAAUGAAACUCGAAGAUCCAUCCCCAGCUUCUGCCGAUGAAGUUCAGACAAACCGAAGGCCCCGGGUAAAGGGAGUCGCGCCCAUCAAGGAAGAAUAUCUCAUCUUGGCACCGGGCCAAACAGCGCAGCCCGGCGGACCGGCUGCCAUUGAUGAUGAUGAUGCAGCCGAAGGGCGGACCGCAUUAGAGACCCAUGAGGCCCAGCAGAGCUCAGGGAAGAAUGGGAAACGGAAGAAGGCAAAAGGCCAGAACAAGGAGAGAGAGUUUGGCAACUUCCAAGACGCCCAGCGCCUGUGCAACUCGGUCGCGUGGACCCCCGAGUUUUCCCCGCGGCCCUGUAAACACGGUGACCGCUGCAAUGUUCUCCACGACAUCCGCAAGUAUCUAAAAGAAGGUCGACGCGCCGAUCUGACCACGUUUGGCGGCAAAUGCCCGGUCUGGGAGAAGUACGGCAAGUGUCCGUCGGGCUGGCGCUGUCUGUUUGUCCAAAGUCACAUGGACGAAGUCAAGCAUGAAGACGGACGGUCGGAGCUAGUUCUGGUCAGCCGAGCUAGUCCUGACAACCAGCCGGUCGAGGGGGAGGGGGAGGAGGAGGCCGGCGAGGUCAGGCCAGGGGUGGUCAACAUGGUGCCGGUAGGUGUGAAGAUCGACUUGUCCAGGAAACGAAUCGCUCUGGAUAAGUCCGACCAGUAUUUGGACUGGCUUACCAAGGAUACCGAGCGCUACCGACAACACUAUCACAGGCAGAAGGACAACGAGGACGAGUCAGCGGACUACCGCGCGCAAUAUGUCGAGCCUCCCUUCAAGCCGUCCGAAAAGAGGAGAAUCUACUUUGGUCGAGAAACGCCGGUCCUUGCGCCUUUGACGACGCAAGGCAACCUUCCGUUCCGCCGUCUCUGCGUCGAGCUAGGAGCUCAGUUAACGUACUCGGAGAUGGCUUUAGGGUUGCCCUUGCUGCAAGGGCAAAAGGCCGAUUGGACGCUGAUGAGGGCUCACGAAACGGAGGUCACACCCCCUCGCUUUGAGCCCAGCGGUCCGGUUGUUCAAGGCUAUGACAAUUCUCAAGACCUCAAAUUCGGCGCCCAGAUCGCGGCAAAUGUCCCCUGGAUCGCCAUCAAAGCUACCGAGGCGCUAUCUCGAUUCCUGCCUCAUCUCCGUCUAGUCGACCUGAACUGCGGCUGUCCCGUCGAUAUGGUGUACAAGUCCGGAGCCGGCUCUGCCCUUCUAGAUGCCCCCUCGAAGCUGGAGAGGAUGAUCCGGGGCAUGAACGCGGUGUCCGGGGAAGUACCGGUUACUGCCAAGAUCCGGAUGGGUGUCAAGGACGACAGGUUUACCGCCCACAAGCUGGUUGAGCGACUGGCGCUAGGGAGCGAAGAUAUGCGCAGCGUAGUUGGCGCACCUGGGUGCGCGGCUGUUACCCUACAUGGACGAACAAGGCAGCAGCGGUACACCAGGGCCGCUGACUGGGGUUACAUCGCCGAGUGUGCGGCUCUGAUCAAGCAGUACAAUGAGAAGAGCGACAGCUUGGUCGACACGAUCCGGGAAGCAGACGAGAGCACGCUGCCAAACGGUGGGAAGAUGUACUUCCUGGGCAACGGCGACUGUUAUUCGCACGUCGACUACUUCGACCAUGUCAACAACGCCAAGGUUGACAGUGUGAUGAUUGGCCGAGGCGCACUCGUUAAGCCAUGGGUCUUUGAGGAGAUUGAAAAGGGGCAGUAUCUGGACAAGUCGGCCUCGGAAAGAUUGUCGUAUAUUGAGAAGUUUGCCCGCUACGGCAUGGAGGCCUGGGGCUCGGACGAGCUUGGCAUCAACUACACGCGGCGGUUCCUUCUCGAGUUCCUCGGCUUCUUCAACCGCUACGUCCCCAUCGGGCUGCUGGAAUACCUCCCCCCGACCCUCAACGAUAGGCCGCCUGCCUAUCGUGGGCGGAACGACCUUGAGACGCUGCUUGCGAGUAAGAAUUACAAGGACUGGAUCAAGAUCAGUGAGAUGUUUCUCGGCCCAGCGCCACCCGGGUUCAAGUUUCAGCCCAAGCACAAGUCGAACAGCUACGAGAUUGAGGCCGAGGGCUAAGAAGCUCGUCGGAGGAGAGGCCUCGGUUCAGCGCUUGUAGUGGAACUAGCCGUCAGUUCAAGCCAUGAGCUAUUCAUCUGUAUGGACGGCAGUCGCCCGAUCCAUGACUCUGCGGGAAACAUAUACGCCGCAAAUGUUUCGUGGGCAUUAUGUGGUUGACAAUACAGAGAAAGGGCGAUGAAAUAGGAAUGUGUAGCAUUGCCAUAAGUGCAGUUCGUGCUUGACGCUUGUACCAUACGAUAGAGAGCUAAAAGCUUGUCUCUAGGGCAAAUUCAUGGUAUAAGAACAUUACUAAGGUGGCUUUUCACUGAUAAGCUCUUGUGGCACUCCUUGUGAGCCAUGG